AUGUCGAGCACACCGGAGAGAAGGCAAACGAAGAAGAUGGUCGACGUGUGUUUCUUGAUACACCGUGGAGUGUUGGCCGGAACUUGGCUUGCUGUGUCGGUGGAUCUGGGAGCAUGGCCGGGCAUGCGCUUCGUUGCUGUGGGAGCUGCUGGUGGCGACACAGGCGAGAUCAGGGUGGAAUCGGUCAGAGCUGGAGGCCCAUAUCUCCCCGUAUCUGCCAUGCCGAAUGAGUCAGCCAUCUGCCUGACCUCUUCAGCACUCGUGUGCUCAUUGACACUCAUAGCCCUUUCGCCCGUUCGGCUUCCAAGCAAACCCUCUACAUCGCCCAGUCUCUUCUUCAGAGCUGUGCUCUCCUUUUAUACUUUGCUCACGCCGGCGUUUGUCUUGCUGCCUUGUCGGAACAGGAUGUUGAUGUCCUCGGUGUUGCCGGGCGUGGCAUUGCUGAGUGCAGGAAGGUUCAAGCCGGCAUUCGUGGUUGCGGUGGCCGCGGUGGUCGUGCCAGUCGGUCAUCCGGUCGACGUGUGGCUGGCAGCGCGUCUUGAGGGCCGCGUCGCCGUUGGUGGUCGAGUACCUGGCCGUGUUUCCGCAUUAGACGUUGUGACGGGGGGUGCCGCGGCAGCGAGGAUGUGGAACCGCCUGGCUCAGAUAGCACUGCAGCCGGCUAUCAGGAGUGACCGGCUCGAGACAUGGCGAUGCUUCUGCCUGGCAUCGUUAUGUUGCUGUCUGAUGCUCAUCGAGAGACUUCCUCCACCAACCUCCUCACCCUCUGCAGCUUUUCCCACCUGCCCAGCAUGUCUCCUGUUCGGCCACAUCUUUGUCAACCUCGGCGGCAGUCGUCGCUCUAUGGCGCUGACUGCUCGCCCUACCUGCGAUGCAUCUGAGCAAGGGGUUGUCGUCCAUCGUCCGUUGCGUCGCUUCGGGGCUGACUUAGAGCUGCUGGUUCCUGAGGAAGCCGUCCACAGACUCUGUCAUUACCGUUCGCCAUUUCUCAGGGAUCGCCGUGUCUUCGUUUGGACGUGGUGCAUCUGUUGCAAGAUUGGCAUCCAAAUUUGUUGCGAAAGCCUUCCGAGACUCGACGUGGUCAACGACCAUCUGCGCCCGCAUUUUCAUGGUCCUGCCCAAGAUCUGGCGCGUGUGCUCGAGCCGGCGCACUCAGUUCUCAGCAAGAUGGCCUCGCAGCUUGUGGAGAUCCUGCUGACGAUCAUGCCUAAGCGCAUGAUGCGCAUGCAGGAAUUUGCGGGACCGAUCAUGUCGAAGAUGCUCGCGCUGGAGAUUGAAGCCCAUACCCCUCAUCUGAUUCAGCUCCUCUCUAGUCGGCCCGCUACCUCUAUCUCCGUAUCAAUGCUAUCGUCCACGGCCUACUUCCUCCCCGCUCCUCGAGCUCGUUCUGGACAAAUGAUCUGGGCCUUGGAACUGGAGGAAGCUCGACGCUGCGGUGUUGCUGAGGCAGUGAGGUGGGUCGAGACGUUGCAUCUGGCAAAGAUAUGGCGAGACAUGUAUGGUACAUUAUGUCUUCAAUUCGACAGGAUCCUUUCUCACCAAUACUACCAUCACGCAGCCGCACAUCUCUUUGAACAGCAAGCACGAAUACAACCAUUGCGACAACGUCUCACGCAGUCAUAUUUUGGAAAUCUCGAGGCCGGGACAUCCACCACGAAGACACGCAGACACAAUCUUGAGCAACGGAACGGCCUGGAAUACCGCCAGAGGAACAGCACACUUAACACGCAGGGCAGCUCUGGAAUUCUCUCCCUUAAAGCAGCCGGAGUUGACAUGACCUAA